CAUUCAAAGGUGAUCAAAGGUUUUACUAUCAGAUGCUUGGUACGUUUAACUAAAAAUAACACGUACGUCUCAACGAACGCGAUGAAUUAUCAAUCAGUCUGGAUUGUGCCUCAUCUUGAAGAUGACAGCGUACAUUUGUGUGUUUAUAAGUGUUUUAAUUUUAGUUACAACACUGCAUUACUCUGACGCUUACUGGCGUAACGAUCUCAAACAUGAAGCUAUAAAAGGAUUAAAACAAGAAAACAUUUUAAAACGACAUAAGAGGCAAGAAGUUUCUCAUGCAACUGCAGACGACAAAGAAGGAUUGCAGCUGGAGUUUCCACAUAUAGUUCCUGUAGCACUUGGUGGUGGAGGACGUGGUUGCCUAGGGGUAUUGCUGUCUGAAAAUUUUGUCGUUGGAUCAGCGCACUGUCUACACUCCAGCACUUCUGUAUCAGUCCAUGGAGAACUCGUUAAUGUCUCAAAAAUUAUUAUUCACCCUAUGUACAACGCACGUAAAAAAAAUUAUGAUAUUGGAUUAUUGAAGCUCGCGGCAAACGUGAAUAUACAAUCAACUGUUGUACCGGCCUGUCUAUGGUUGGAUGAUAAUAUAAGCAUUGCCAAUGUUAAAUUGAUUGGAACAAAUGAAUUUUUUGAUACAAAUUCUAUAGUGCAGACCACGAGGAUCACACUAAAAAAUGCCGAAAAAUGUCAACCAUACCUCAAUUAUAUCUCGCUACUCACUGGAUUCUCACUUACAGUACAUCAGAUGUGUGUCUUUUACGAAUUCGAAGAACACUGGCGGUGGAAAGGUGGACUAGUUUAUGUGGAUUUAAUUUAUGAGAACCACAUUGUUCCAUUUGUUAUUGGAAGUGCCUCGUUUGCUCCGAUUCGUGGUUUACAUAGACUACAUGGAUUUAGCAAACUGUCCAAAUUUGUUGACUGGAUAUCCAAAAUCAUGCGCGAGGAAGGGGCAGAUGUAUCGUUUGAGCCGUUGAUUUGUGCCAAGCGCCAUUUAGAAUAUCGACGUCAAAUUAACAACACAACAUCAUUCGAGCCGAACAUCGCUGUUGACACCACGGUAUCCAUUCACAGCCACCCCGAUGCACCUCACACAAAGAUUUGUGUAGGAGUAUUGAUAAGAAAAGAUGCCGUGAUCACAUUGGCACAGUGUGCGAGCAAUUUAAUGUCUUAUACUUCCAGAGUAGUUUUAGCCGAUGGGUCAUUCAUUGCGAUCCGAGAUAUCAUUAUUCAUCCCGACUACUCGGACGAUUCUCUCUACAGUAAUAUAGCCAUUUUAAAACUUGUCUCGCAAGCAUCUGUUACUCCUAUCGAAAUAGCACCAUAUUACUCAAAACAUGAUAAAAUAACAUUAUACGCUAGUGUGAUCAAUGGCGACCAAUCAAAAAAUAACAAGUUCUUUGCCGUCCAUGGACUUAACGUGCGGUUCAGUUACGAAUGCAACCCGUCGGAAGAGCAUCAUUCUCGACUUUUGAAAGGAUUGCAUCCUGAACAUAUGUGUCUACAGAACAAUCAUACGCUUGUUCCGGGUAGCUGCGAGGCACACCCAGGUUCAGCUGUAUUUUGGUAUCAUAAUGAUAAAAAAUACUUGCUGGGGUUGUACAUGCAUGGGGAAAAUUGUGGCUUCGGAGAUCAAGCGCUCGGUCUGUAUGUGUAUGCAUACAAUGCAUGGAUCCAUUCAGUUAUUGAAACACCAUCGCAACAUUCUCUGGGCUACGUUUUUCCAUUCUUAAAAACAUCGGACGAAUGUUCUUACCCAGAUGGUGCGACAGGUACUUGCGUAAGCCAUAUAAACUGUCCCAAUAUAUCGAAAAGAGCUGGAAAAAGUUUACCAAUAUUUUACUGCAGUAGCAGAGCAAUUGUGUGUUGUCCUAGACAUUUGGAAGCACAGAAGGAAGAGGAACAUGAAGGAAUAGCGUUUGCUUUCUACCGUACUGUGUAAAAAUGUCAUCGAUGUACAUAUAUAUAUAUUUUUUUGUACUACGUAUUAUUUGAGUGUGGUGUAAUGAAGUUUCUAGAGUCUAGACGAAUUUAACGACAACACUGCACUUGAAGUGUGACAAAACAACAGAUGCACAGUCGAGAUUCGGGACAACGUGAAUCGGAUUGAUCAUUUCGUUUUCCAAAUACAACUGGAACGUUGCUACCCAGCAAAUUUUGUCAUCCGACAUCAGUAAUGUUUUUUACUGAAGCGGUUCAGUAAUAGAAUAUUUAACUGAUUUUGAGCGUAAAGGUCAUGUUUUUACUGAUUUUGUUUUCAGUGAAAUAAUUUGCUGGAUGCAUUUUAGUAAUACGCAUUUUACUGAUAAUCAGCAAAAUAAGCGUCAAAUCAGUCGUUUUACGGGAUAUCAGUUAAACAAAUGACUCAAAAUGCAGCAAAUCAUUCUGUCAAAUUGACCUGUUAGUCAGAACAUCCACACAAAUCCAUGCGGUGCUCGCUUGCUUGUGAUGUGAAAAAAAGUUGAUUUUGGUAGGCGCUUACAGACACCCUGGUGAAAUUUCAGGUGAAAUUUCGGCUUACGGGACUAAUAUCAAACAAUUGACAGCCGUGUUGGUGUGUCAAAUAUUUGCUACAAUUAACAAUGCCUGAUGAAAUUUCGUUGAGUCUGUGAGCGCUUACUGAACCACCAUAACUUGUUGCGGCAAAAUACAGUUUAAAAACUGUAUUAUACAUCAUAAAACAUGGAUGAACAUAAAUUGAGAGACUGCCAAUUGCUGCGCAUCAAUAAAAUACUUAAUUUGGAAUAAAUAUUUCACUUUUCAAUAAUAAUAAACUUUUCAGUAAUAUGCUAAUGGCAUUACUUUGAUUGCAGUAAACGAGCUGUCAUUUUGGUGAGCACCCAAACUUACUGAAUGAUUCAGAAAAUAUUAUUUUUACUGAAAGGAUUACUGAAUCUUCAGCUCAAAAAAAUUCAGUUAAAUUCAAGGCCCAGUAAAAGUUCAGUUUGCUGAGGUUUUCUAUGUCUAUGGGUUUUUACUUUACUAUCUGUGGUAUCUCACUCAAAUUUAGCUCAUUUGAUACAUAGAUUAUCUGGAAAAAGUUAACACAACCUGCAAAAAUAUGGUCGAUACUGUAUUUUUAACUUAAAUUAAAAAAAACUCCUUCUAUCAACAAGCCCGAUCUCUUUCCCGUUGACUGGAUGUCCCAUAUUUCAUUGACUUUUGCCAGUAGUAUUCUUCUUCUUCUUCUUCUUUGGCAAAGCAACCGCUGUUGGUCAAGGCCUGCCUGUACCCACUGGUGAAAUGAGCUUGGCUUUCAGUGACUUAUUGUUACCAUAGCAGGAUAGUCAGUCCUACGUAUGGGGGCACGGUCUAUUCGGGACUUGAACCCAUGACGGGCAUGUUGUUACGUCAUACGAGUUGAUGACUGAACUACCAGACCUAGUACCUAGUGCCAGUAGUACAGCCGAUCAAAGAUGAUAAUGAUGAACUCAUUGGGGUAUAGUUUCUAUAAACAUGUGUUGCGAAAAUUCUUUAGUUUUACAAAGUUGAAGUCGAGUGCACACCCACUUUUAAGGUGAAAAGGUUUCUCUAGCCAACUCAACAUUGAUAGCUUCAUUUCUAAUCCUUAAAAUCGCAAUUCAACAUUGUCAAAUGUAUGUCGAACAUACACAAACCAUUGACAGAUCAUUGGAGUUUCCAUUAUUAUUAUUCAAAUGUAUUUUACAGGAUUGAAUUGUUUGCUUAAGGUGAACUAGAGGAACCUUAUAUCAAGCAAUCAUUUACGAUUCACUUCGGCUGAACGGAAUUUCAAAUAAGAAAAAAAAUCAUGCUUUAUAUUCCCGACAGAAUUAAAAAUAAAUUAUAAUGAAAAUCUAA